AACGAACUGAAGUCCAAACUGCUCAUGCGCGCAGCUCGACUCCCAAGCGGAAAACAGCGUGAGCGCCUUUGACGAAACCAUUCCGAGACACACACUCACAAGCUAGACCAAUCAGAACGGAAUGAGGCGGGAUUAAGGAAGCAUCUAUUAAGCCAUAAAUGAUAUGGGCGUGGCAAGACUGUGAAGCGAAAUAAGAGGGCAUUUCCAUCUCGUUUCCCCGUAUCCCUUUGGCUCUUCUCAGUGUUUCAUACUGGAGAGGACAAAUUCCCUGCACAGAGCUGUCUCGAAGUAUCUGAUUCUCUUCAUGUGUUGUGUCCUCACUUGUGCCUGUGAAAUCUGGUGGAAUGAAUAAGAGUCUUCUCUUUGGUCUUUAUGCUCUGCUCUGCUGGAGCACCGCUCAAGCUGUACAGUGCAGGGAAUGCUUGAACUAUAGAAAUGGUGUGUGUAAAAGCAAGGAAGGUGUAUGUGAAACUGGUCCCGGGCAGACCUGCAUGAUGCUUGCCAUCUCAAAAGCAAAGAAGCAAAUCAAGUCUAUGUGUAUAGUUAAAGCGUGGUGUAAAUCUUUUGAAAAAUCAACAGAUCCUGAUAAGUUGGUUAUAUGCUGUGACAGAAAUCUCUGUAAUGAACCUGCACUUGCUUACCUCCACCCUACCAAACUCUAUGAACCUCCAAGAGUGACUUUGAUAUCUGAUUUUCAUCCACCCCCCUGAUGUAAUCCAACAGAUAUUAUCUGCUUUAUCCAUUUCUUAAUAUCCUCUCUAGACAGAGAGAGAGAGAGAAGAGAUGAAAGUAUUAAUAAAUUGAAGUUGCAUUCUUGGGACCCUU